AGACUAUUUCAGCGUGAGAUUCUGCUCUCGCUCUCUCAGUGAUGAAAGAGCGGUUCAUCAGGAUAGAUGUCGCUGUAAUUACUCAGUCAGAUGGACGAUAUUCGUCAAUUGUCGGUUCUGAAUAACUCCAUCAACAUUUUAAUUCCACAUGAAGUGCUUUUGAAACCUCAGCCAGCCAACACCUCAAUCAUGUUCGACGAUAACAUCGAUGAACAUGGAAUGGCAACGUAUAACAUCGCCAAACUUAUGAGGAACAUAUGUAUACCAACAAUUGUCUUCAUUGGAGUUUUCGGGAACUUUGUGUCAAUAUUGGUCUUUGCCUCGAACUACCUACGUAGCUCUUCGUCUUCUACAUUCCUAGUUGCCCUCGCUUUCGUGGAUAACGUUUUUCUUUUGUGCCUAUUUCUUUCGUGGUUUGAUGGAUCCGUGAAAAAUAUCUUGACUUCUCUGCCAUUAUGUCGGAUCAUAGCUUACUCAACGUAUAUGUCUAGUUUUCUCUCUGUUUGGUUUGUAGUCGGAUUUACUGUCGAAAGACAUAUAGCGAUAUGUCAUCCCCUUCAUGCUAAAUUGUUUUGCACCAAGGUUCGUGAGCGAAUAACAGUUAUUUCGUUACUAAUUAUUUCAGUGUGCCUUUAUCAUUUCUCAUUCUGGACAACUGACGUGGCUAUUUAUCCUUCAGAACGUAUUGCACGGUGCUCAAUCGACAAAUCCUUCGUUCACUUUCUAAAUAUAGUCACGUGGAUUGAUACAGUACUCACAAUGCUGAUCCCUUUCCUACUGAUCUGCUACAUGAACAUCCGAGUGGCUUUUACCGCUGCCAAGUUCCAAGAAAAAAGAAAAGCCUGCUUAUCUCUGAGAGAUGCCAAAAGUGUAAGGCUGGGAACUUUUCGCUCAAAACAGCAAAUGCGGGUGACUCGAACACUUUUCCUUGUGUCCACUACAUUUUUGGUGCUGAAUUUGCCCAGUCAUGUAUCUAAACUUUCCAGCUUGAUAUCUCUUUCUACCCUCGAUAUCAACAUGACACAAUAUCUGAUUCAGGAGAUAUCCCAAAUCUUAUACUACUUUAGCUUCAGCAUGAACUUCUUUCUGUAUGCGCUUUACGGAAAACAUUUUCAAAAAUCUCUCAGGUUUAUGUACGAGUCGUUCAAACUGACGUGUGGGUGCACCGAUAGAACAGGAUAUUUACAAAGGACGAUGACUUUGAGAAGUUGGGUUUAAGAGGGUGGAUGGUCGUUGGCAUAGAAUAUAUUGAUAUCCUUUAAAAGAAGAGCUCUUUAGAACGAUUAUAUUGCAAGACAUUCAAAUUUAAAGCUAAAAUUAACUUUUUUACUGAAUGAUAAUUUGUAGAAUAACACACUGUAUGAGAAAUACAACGUAGAUCUGGACGUUAAUUUGUUAUCCACCCAACUUCUUUCAGCCUUCAUGGCGUAAAAUGUGAUGUGCUUGUUAAUGAUGAAUGUUUUAUAUCAAUUACUGUUUCUUGAUUAGUUUUCCCGGUUUCUUCAGAUCUGUGUGUAAUAACUGGUAUACAUAAUUAUGACAAAGCAUAAUAGAACAGGUUUUGCCAAUAAAACAGAAAUUGGAAGAAAAAUAUAAAACUAACACAAAUUGGCAA